CAAACAAGCUCCAUCGAUAGCGAAACUGGUCUUCCCGGCAAGGGCGUCAAUUGUGCGUCAACUUUCGAGUUCGAUUGGCGAGCCCGGAUUGCGUUUUUUAGCUUCAUUGUAUUGCCAGGAGGUCUAAUAACAUCUGCCUGCGGGCAUCGUCGCUGAGCGGACGCAAGAUGGAGCGCUUUGACUCCCAGAUGCUGUUCAGCGUCUUUAGGAACGACGAGGGUGAAAACCUUUUGCCGUUUGAUGAACUGGCGGAGCUGCUUCAGAUGGAUCUGGCUCCCAAUGGCGACGCCGGGGCCACGCCAGCAUCGUUCGCACCGGACGCCGCUCUGCCCCUAGACCUCCCACACCUGCACCACGCGCCACCCAUCAUCACCGCGCCGCUAGUCACCACCGCGCCGCCCACCGGCCCCAUUCCCUCUGACGAGCGCGCCGCAGCGCUGACGCACCAAAGCACUCUGCCCAGCCCCAGCGGCGGUAGCAGCGACCACACACGCGCCCAGAACUGGGCCGGCUCGAACCCAUCAUCAGAGGACGGCGACGGAGAUGGCGACCGCGACGGACGCGACGGUGACGGCGACAGCGGAGACUCAGACAUGGACCACACCACACAGACGCCGGGCGUCAGCGGGGCCGGCGACGCGGGCGGCCGCGGGCGGCGGGGCAGCAGCAAGGGCGGCAAGGCGUCAUCGGGUGUGAAGAAGCGGCGGCAGCGCAAUGCCGAGCAGAUGGAGUCCAACCGCAUCGCGCAGCAGAAGUACAGGCAGCGUAAGAAGGGCGAGCAGAGCGCGCUGCAGACGGCUGUGGACUUGCUCACGGCGCAGGUGGCGGCACUCAAGGCCGUGGAGGUCCGCAACGGCGAGCUGGAGGCGGCCGCAGCGGCUCUGCAGUCCACGGUGUCUCAGCAGGCCGCCGCCGUGGCCUCGCUGCAGCAGCACAGCGCCGGGCAGGCGGCGGAGCUGGAGGCAACUCGCGCGGCGCUGGGGCACAGCCAGCAGCAGGUGGCCGCCCAGCACCGCAUCAUCGUGGACCAGGGCACCAAGCUGAGGCUGCAGGAGCAGGUGAUUGCAAGCCUGAAGGACCGACUGAAGGAGGAGAUCGACGAGGCAUUGAAGUGCGUGGCGCCAAACACCGUGUGCGAGAAGAUGGUGGCGGCGGUCAAGGCCGCGCUGUACGGUGCCAAGGACGUCAGCGGACUGCAGGACGUGCUGUCCCAGCUGCCGGAGCACCUGGUGCACGACAUCUGCAAGAACAUCUGGCAGGUGUGCAAGGAGUCCUGGCCCGACCUGCGCAGCCGCUGCGCCACCCUGCACGCCGCCGGCUGCCCCACCAGCGGCUUCGGCACUGCCUGAGCGGCAGCACGGGCGCCGGCGGCACGAGCGAGCCGGGUGGAGGCAUGACAAGCACCAGUGGCGGCAUGGGUGGCUUGAAAGGCUCCAGCGGCGGCGGCGGCACGGUAGGGGCGAGGGGUACAGGUGGAAGCGAGGAGAGGCGGGGCACGGUGGCAGUAGGGAGCGGGAUAGAUUCUGGUGAGAUGGUUAUGGGGUGCGGGUGCUUGCGUUUGCGGAGGUGCGGAGUGGUUAGGUGUGGGGCGCUGUCGUGACGGGGGACGCCCAGCAGUGCUGCGCCACGGCUCAAGUGUGUUUGAAUGCGUGCAUGCGUGGGUGGCAGAUUGUAGCCCGAAUGCCGCGUUUGGCAUGCUGUGCGCUUGACAACUUAGGCACGUUUUCAAGAUGCCUUUCGGUUGUUUGUCUGUUCGGCAUGCUUCACACCUGAACAAGUUAUGGUUAUUGAGCUUAGUGCUGGAUACCCGGCAAUUGAGGUCUGUCAGGUUGACACUGCAGUGCUCGCCGCUCAGGUAUGCGCAUGACGCGCGGCGGUAAACGUGAGAGUAGGGCAGGCAAAUGGCGUCACAGCAACCGCGAUACUAUGGGGCCGCGCGGAGGACUCGGUGGGCAGCAUUGCUUUCCAGUUGUGUACGCGUAGCGUGCCUUGGGCGGCCAGAGCUCGUUUGUGGAUUGCACGCUUGUCAGGGGGCAUAUCGCUUUGUGGCGUGCGAAGGAAUAGAAAUUGCCAUUCGUAACGCUACGCUGUGCUACCUGUCGGAAUGAAAGUCGGAAUUUGGACCAUGUCGUAGGUGGCUGCUCAUGGGUACAGGACACUACGCCCGCGCGCGCACGUGCGUGCGUGCAGUCCAUGCACUAUGAGACAUUGAUUUUGAUCCAGUAUUUGAGACAUUGCAGUUGGUUGCGUGUCGCAUCAGAACUGUGAUUGGAGCUACGGCUUUGGUGAACCGGAGAUCCCGUGUUACUGUCCAGGUGAAGUCCAGGAAGGCGCGGUAGGCGGCGUGGUGUACGGCGACGAAAGUCAAGAUGGCUGGAGAGUUGGAGACUGGAAGAUAGAGCGGGGUAUUGGGAUGGGGACUAUGCCGCAGGUGCCACGUGGCACCCGAAGGUGAGCUCAGAGAUGGCCGGUGAGAGGGGAGGAUGUACUGUGCACUGUAACACUAAACAAUA